AUGUACUCGAAUCCUCCUGUUCAUGGGGCGAGAAUUGUCGCCAACAUUGUUGGGGAUUCAGCUCUCUUCAAGGAAUGGAAUGCGGAGAUGGAAAUGAUGGCAGGGAGAAUCAAGAAUGUGAGACAUAAAUUAUUUGAUAGUCUUUCUUCCAAAGAUAAAAGUGGGAAGGAUUGGUCUUUCGUUCUUAAGCAGAUCGGGAUGUUUUCGUUCACAGGCUUAAACAAAGCUCAGUGCGAUAAUAUGACAAACAAGUGGCAUGUUUAUAUGACCAAGGAUGGAAGGAUAUCACUUGCAGGAUUAUCUUUGGCUAAGUGUGAAUAUCUAGCUGACGCCAUCAUUGACUCAUACCACAAUGUGAGUUAA